AUGUCAUCAAAAUGCAUUUUUAAUGGGAAUUACUGCUUUAACUCACAAGUGUCAGUUAGAAUCCUUAUACCUUGCCUUGUUGCUUUUGAAGCUGGAUUCCAUACAGAGCUAAAGGCCUUCUCCUUUUCUUCCUCCCGCUAUUUCAUUGAGCUCUCAGUACCAGUGCUUUCCGCGCAUAUUUUCCCAAAUUACGACUGGUGGAAAAUGGCUCUCGAAAGUGUGGGUGGAUCCAUUAUAUCUAAGAUAGCAGAACUCAUGGUGGAACCAGUGGGAAGGCAGUUCCGUUACAUGUUCUGUUUCAACAAUUUUGUUGAAGAAUUCAAAGAACAAAAGGAGAACCUUGCUUUAGCACUAGAUGGUCUGCAAAAAGAAGUCGAAGCUGCUGAAAGGAAUGCUGAAGAAAUUAAGAAAGUUGUCAAAAAGUGGAUGGAAGAUGCAAACAGCAAAAUUGAAGGUGCGAAGCCCUUGGAAAAUGAAAUAGGAAGAAAUGGCAAAUGCUUUACUUGGUGCCCAAACUGCAUGCGACAAUUCAAGUUAAGCAAGGCACUGGCCAAGAAGUCGGAGACUUUCAGAAAACUUCUAGAAAAUAGCACAAAGUUUACAAAAGUGUCCGACAUAGCUCAUCCUCAGCCCAGAGAAUUUCUCCCAUCAAAGGAAUUCACGUCCUCAAAAUCGUCAGAAGAAGCUUUCGAACAGAUUAUGGAUGCUCUCAAAGAUGACAAAGUCAAUAUGAUCGGACUGUGCGGCAUGGGAGGGGUGGGUAAAACCACCCUGGUGAAAGAAGUAGGCACGAUAGCCGUAGAGUUGCAGCUUUUUCCUGUAGUUUUGAUGGCUACGGUGUCGCAGAAUCCAAAUGUCACAGACAUUCAGCACCUAAUGGCAGAUAAGUUAGGUCUGAAUAUUAAAAAAAAGAAUACUAAUCCAGGGAGAGCAGAUCUAUUACGGCAGAGACUGAAGCAAGUGGAGAAGAUGCUUAUUAUCCUAGAUGAUGUUUGGAAAUAUAUUGACUUGAAAGAGAUAGGGAUCCCAUUUGGUGAUGAUCACAGGGGUUGUAAAAUUCUUCUAACAACACGUCUUCAAGCCAUAUGUUCUUCUAUGGAGUGCCAGCAAACAGUGCUUUUAAGAAUCUUAAGUGAAGAUGAAGCAAUGGUUUUAUUCAGAAUCAAUGCAGGUUUACGUGAUGGGGACUCUACCUUGAACAGAGUGGCAAGGGAGGUUGCGAGAGAAUGCCAAGGCUUGCCUAUAGCACUUGUGACAGUGGGAAAGGCUCUAAGAGAUAAAUCUGAAGUUGAGUGGGAAGAAGCAUUUAGACGGCUAAAAAACUCUCAAUUUCUGGACAUGGAACACAUUGAGGAACAAAAAACUGCAUAUGCAUGUCUUAAGUUGAGCUAUGAUUAUUUGAUGAGCAAGGAAACCAAGUUAUGUUUCUUGCUAUGCUGUUUAUUUCCAGAAGAUUAUAACAUUCCAAUCGAUGACUUGACGAGAUACACAGUUGGGUAUGAGUUACAUCAAGAUGUGGAGUCCAUUGGAGAUGCAAGGAAAUGA